AAGGAGUCAGAAGGAACACCAGUCCAGUUGCUAAGCUUGAGAGCUGUGCACUGUUGAGUUUAUCGCGAUGAGAACAGUGAGUGUCUUUCAUCUGGCUGCACUUGCUGGAGGCACUGCCUGCUCUGGCCUCCUCGCUCCGGAACAUUCCCUGCUGAACAAUGACACCAGGGAAGGCCAAGGAUGGGCACACAAGGCUCAGUCCUUCACCUGAUGGUGGCUUGGUCAUGUUUAUCUUUCCCUUUUCUCAAAGACCUGUGUGGGGCCAGAGAGAGCUGGGGUUUCCAGUGGCCUGAAGUGUGGCGGAAAGCAGAGGCUUCCACUGGGAAAAAGGGAAUUCUUCCAAAGAGAAGGAUGAAGCCAGCAGCAGGGGUCCCGGCAGGACUGACCCCCAUGGAGCUGAUGAGGCCCAUUGUUGGGAAGCACGCACAUUCUCCUCGAAAACAGACACAGGUCAACCCGUGUUACGGGGUCGGCGAGGCAGGACUGACCCCCAUGGAGCUGAUGAGGCCCAUUGUUGGGAAGCACACACAUUCUCCUCGAAAACAGACACAGGUCAACCUGUGUUAUGGGGUCGGCGAGGCAGGACUGACCCCCAUGGAGCUAAUGAGGCCCAUUGUUGGGAAGCACGCACAUUCUCCUCGAAAACAGACACAGGUCAACCCGUGUUACGGGGUCUGCGAGGCAGGACUGACCCCCAUGGAGCUGAUGAGGCCCAUUGUUGGGAAGCACACACAUUCUCCUCGAAAACAGACACAGGUCAACCCGUGUUACGGGGUCCGCGAGGCAGGCCUGACCCCCAUGGAGCUGAUGAGGCCGAGUGUCGGGAAGCACGCAUAUUCUCCUCGAAAACAGACACAGGUCAACCUGCGUUACAGGGUCGGCAAGGUCAUCAGAUAACCCCACAGUGUCUAAUACUGUAACUACAUGCCUGCCUAAAAUGACCUGGCACACCGUAGGUGCACACAAGAUUCUACAUAGUGAAAAUACAUAGACAAUUGUUGCUAAUUUUUGAUCCUGGAAGAUCCACUGGAUCGAUACUUUAGAAGAGGAU